AUGAUUUCUAUCUAUCUAUAUAUCUUAGUCAAUCUAUUCAUAUCUAUCUAUCUCAAUCAGUCUAUCAAUUAUCUAUCUAUCUAUCUAUCUAUCUAUCUUAGUCAAUCUAUUCAUAUCUAUCUAUCUAUCUCAAUCAGUCUAUCAAUUAUCUAUCUAUCUAUCUUAGUCAAUCUAUUCAUAUCUAUCUAUCUAUCUAUCUCAAUCAGUCUAUCAAUUAUCUAUCUAUCUAUCUAUCUAUCUUAUCUAUCAAUUAUCUAUCUAUCUAUCUAUCUUAGUCAAUCUAUUCAUAUCUAUCUAUCUAUAUCAAUCACUUUUCUUUCCCUCCCUUCUUCUUCUUUUUCUUCUUCUUUUUCUUUCUUUCUUUCUUCUUAUUUUCAUUUGUUCCUUUUUUUCUUUCUUCUUCCAUCUGUGUUUUUUUUUUUUAAUUUUACUUUUCUUUUUAUCCUGUUUUCCUACUUUUUUCCUUUUUUUCAUUAUUGUUAUAACUUCCUUUUUCUUUUUUUCUAA